AAAGCCUCGGUUCGUAAUGCCGGUCCAAGUCGGCAUUCGUAGGUAGAUUUAUAAGUUACUAUUAUCUAUCGAUAGAUGAGACGCUCCCUUAUCGAUACACGUUAACUCCGUUGCAGUAAGUGCCAAGACAAGGCUAUUUGGACAACACCAUCUGUGAGGGUAGAGCGAAGACAAUAGCAAACCCAAUCUUAGAGCCGGAAUGGCCUGAGUUAAUAAAAAUGAGUCGCUUCUAUUUCAGCGGCUCCAACUCCUCCCACGCCAGCGAUGAUGACGAUGACGACUCUCUCCCCUACCCAGCCCCUCUGCAGCGCAGCGAUUUCCUAGCCCUCGACUUUGACCCUUCGCAAUACCUAUCAUCCCUCCGUAACCGCCACCAGACACUCGAAGACCUACGCUCCGAGCUCCGUUCCCGCAGCCAGUUGCUUAGCAAAGAGCUCCUCGACCUCGUCAACGCAAACUACCAGGAUUUCUUAGGGCUUGGCCGCAGUUUGAGAAGCGGAGAUGAGAAGGUCGAGGAGGUGAGGGUGGGGUUACUGGGGUUCAGAAAGGAGGUGGAGACUGUAAGGGCCAAGGUCUUGGAGAGGGAAGAGGAGGUGAAGAGGGCGCUGGACGAGCGUGUGGCGAUCAGGAAACAGAUUGCAACAGGCCGAGCGUUGAUCGACUAUGAGGCGCGGUUGGCGUUGCUAGAAGAGCAACUUAAGGUCGACGGUGCAGGAAAGACUCAAGUGCAUGCGGAUGAGGAUGUAUCUGACAGCGAGGAGGAAUCCGACGAAGACGGGGACGAUGAUGACGGAGCAUAUUCGGUGUCCAUCGCCAAACUUCGCAGAACCGUAGAGCAAUAUCGCUUGAUACAGGAAAUCGGGAAAGGAGUCGGACAGGAACAUCCAUUUAUCACAGCACAGGCGCCACGAAUGGCGAAAUUGCGGAACACGCUCAUACUGGAUCUGAAAACCGCGCUUCAGCAAGCCCAAACGGCAAGGAAACAAGGUUCAGAUCGUGUCAUGAAAAUUAUGAAGAUAUACGCGGAGAUGGAUGAGUCCGCGGAAGCAGUCAAAGUCCUGAAAGCUCUCAAGACCUCAUGAUAGGGGCCAGCCUCUAUGAUACCCCGCAUAGCGAUGGCGUUGGGAAGUAUGGUACAUUUAUCUUAUACAAUACGCAAGAUUAUGCUACAGCGGCCCUGACAGUUCCCUGGGAUGUAUUGAGUUUGGCCCCCUGAACUCGCCGCUCAAGCUGAACCCGGGGGAGUUAGUGGAGCUUAGCACCACUUCGU